AUGGGCAGGGAUAAACAGAAAAGCAUAGAUGUGUUCUUUAAGAAGAAAGUAGCUUCUAAAAGUGAUGCUUCUAAGAAAUUAAUUUCUGAAAGUGAUGAACCUUCUAACGAGCCUCCAUCCAAGUGUCGUAGAAUUGAACAUACUGAUGACAUUAUUUUAGUCAACAAUAAAACUUUUGAACGUGAUCCAAGCAAGCAUAAGCCAAUGUGGGAAUAUUUAGCUAAUGAAGUUGAUAAAAUACGAAGAGUUUAUUUAAUAGCUAGGUCAUAUCAACCUUAUCUCUCUAAAUCUAGUUAUCCAUUUUCAAAGGAAAAGCAUCCCCGACGUUUUCAAUCUUCUUGGUUAAAAGAAUUUUCUUCACGGCUUGAGUAUUCACCUCAUAUAGAUGCUGCUUCUUGUUUACCAUGUUAUCUUUGCACUACAAAGUCAGGUGGGCGACAUGGUUGGGAUGCAUUCACAAUCAAAGGUUUUAAUAGUUGGAAGAUAGCUCAUAAUGGAAAGGAUUGUGCUUUUUUAAGUCACAUGGGAGAUGAUCCUUGUUCACAACAUACUAGUGCAGUAAAAUCAUGUGCAGACUUAAUGAACCAGUCUUGCCAUAUUGAUAAAGUUAUGCAUGCACAAAGCUCCCAACAAAUUGAAAAAAAUAGGCUGCGUGUUAAGACUUCCAUUGAUGUUGCUCGUUGGCUUGCUUUUCAAGGAUGUGCUUUUAGAGGGCAUGAUGAAACUAUUGAUUCAAGAAAUAGUGGUAAUUUUCGUGAAAUGAUUAAACUUUUGGCAUCUUACAAUGAAAAAGUUGGAGAUAUUGUUCAAAGAAAUGCUCCAUUGACAGCUAAGUAUACUUCACCUCAAAUACAAAAGGAGAUUUUACAUGUUCUAGCAAACAAAGUGCGAAAUCAAAUUUGCAAAGAUAUUGGGGACUCUAAGUUUUGUAUUAUUGUUGAUGAAGCACGUGAUGAGUCCAAAAAGGAACAAAUGGCUCUUGUCUUGAGAUUUGCUGACAAAGAUGGUUUCAUAAAAGAGAGAUUUUUUUAUCUUUAUCAUGUUCGAGACACAUCAUCUAUGACACUUAAAGAUGCUAUUAGUGAAAUACUCUCUCAUCAUUGCCUUGAUAUUCAAAAUAUCCGUGGCCAAGGAUAUGAUGGUGCUAGUAACAUGCAUGGUGAAUGGAAUGGAUUGCAAGCAUUAUUUCAUAAUGAAUGUCCUUAUGCUUAUUAUGUGCAUUAUUUUGCUCAUCGGUUACAAUUAGCCUUGGUUGCUGCCUCUAAGGAAGUUCCUUCUAUUUAUCAAUUCUUUCAGAAUUUGAAUUUUAUUAUUAAUAUUAUCACUGUUUCUUCUAAGCGUCAUGAUCAAUUUCAAACUACCCAAAUAUUUGAAUUUGAACACUUGCAAGCAAUUGGUGAGCUUGAAACUGGUAGAGGUUCUAACCAAGUAGGCACACUAAAGCGAGCUAGUGAUACUAGAUGGGGUUCUCAUUUUUAUUCUAUAUGCAGUUUUCUACGACGGUAUAAUGAAUCUUGUUUAGUGCUUGAAAAAAUUUGUAGUGAAGGCUCAAAUUACUCUCAAAGAGGAGAUGCUAUUGCAGCUUAUAAGAUGAUAACUUCUUUUGAGUUUACUUUUAAUUUACAUUUGAUGAAGGAGAUCAUGGGCACAACUGAAAUUCUUUGUCAAGCAUUACAACAAAAGUCUCAAGAUAUUUUGAAUGCUAUGCAGUUGGUUUCAAGUACAAAGGAACUUAUUAAAAAAUUGCGAGAUGAUGGUUGGAAAAAAAUGCUUGAAAAUGUUGUUGAUUUCUCAAGACUUCAUGAAAUAGAUGUUCCAGAUUUUGAUGCUCAAUAUAUUGAAGGCCGUGGUCGUCCACAACAUAAUCAAUUAACUAUUGAGCAUCAUUAUCAUUUUGAUAUCUUCAAUUCAACCAUUAACUUCCAAUUACAAGAGUUAGAUAGUAGGUUUAAUGAGCAAACAAUGGAACUUUUGUCGCUUAGCUCUACAUGA